AUGCCUAAGACACAACAGUCCGAUCCUGCUGACGCGAAUAUUGCAGACCAGACGGUGCCGGUAAGUAAUGAACGACCUUCGCAAAACAGAUGGUUGCGAUCUUUAUCUCCAGUGGGGAAAUUGUACCAUUCUAGUGCUGGUCUAGUUCAUUUGAGAGGCCGAAACUCUGGCGCGGAAAAGUCAAGCCUGCUGACUCCCAGUAGUAACGAGCCUGGGUCUUUAGACUCUGGAAACAAAGACCAGGAUCCAGAUUUGGCACGUCCCUGCGGUAUGGCCAAAAGCAUAGUAGGACUUCUGACUACUGCCAGUGUCUAUGCAGGAAUGGGUGAUUUAGAGCAGGCUGAAGGUAUGUGUGGAGAUGAAGAAUCAAACAAGAGAGAAGAUGAGGACGAAGAUCAGGAAGAAGCCUCAGAAGAAUACGAAGAUGAGGUGAGAAAACUUGAUGAAGACCAAUUACAAGCUGUAGAAGCGGAACGAGUUGGCACAUGUGGUAGUGAGAGGGACGACGGGAGUUCGGAUAGCCUAAGAACUGCCAGUGACCUUGAUUCCCUAGCAGACACGGUAACCCAUAUCUCAAAGAAGGACUCGCUUUUCGAAAUAUCCGUGGUCUCCAACAAUGAUGCACAAUCCAUAGCGUCAACUGAUUCCAGAUCGCGCCAAUCUAAGAUUUAUAGAAAACUGCUUUCGAGAUUCAAUCUGAACGAAGCAGAGGAUGAGUUUGUGCUCAAGUACUCUUGUUGGCUUCUAAAAGAUCUUCUUAUCCAAGGCCAUAUUCUGCUGACCACUCGACAUCUUUUAUUUUUUGCCUUUCUUCCAAAAAACACUGGCACUACCAAGAUGUCAGGGAACCUAUCCACGGUUGCUGGAGGGUUAGGAGGCAGACGGAUACGCUACUGGGCAGUGCUGAAGGACCAUACAUUAUCUCUUUACAAUUCACUGAGGGAUCUUUACUUUCCGCUUUUGACGAUUGAUUUAAGGUAUGCUAGCCGCAUUGAACUAACCAGCUUUGACGAAGGAGCCACUGGCGACUUUAAAAUACACACAGAAGUUAAAGUGUACAAGCUGCGUGCCGAUUCUAAGUAUGCUGCAAGGUCCUGGUGUAGCGCACUCAAAAAACAGCUUUUCGCAACCCAAAACUCAGAAAAUGACUCCAUGUCUAUCAAAAUUCCACUCGCAAAUAUUAUUGACGUUGACGAGCAGAUUGUAGUAGCUCAAUCAGUCACACUGAGAGUACGAGUAUUGGAAAGCCCCCAGUCCUUUGCUGUAGAUGAUUACUUCUUCAUGUUCCUUAACAAGAAGGACAUCGAUUUAAAGGAAAUCAUCAAUGAUCAACUUUCAAGGCUAGAAAGAACACAACACAGAAGCCAGGAUACCGAAGAUUCAUUUCCAUUUGAGGCUAGUACAACAGAUGCUACGACCGGCCUAACGAAACGCGUAGGACGAGGCAGAUCUACUUCAAGUUCGAAAAAGAUCAUCAAAAGAGUCUUGUCACCAGUUGCUCGAGUUCACAGACAUUCUUUUUCGGUAAGUAUGCCGUUCAAUCCCAGAUCACCUCAGCGCGUCAUGGGGCUACUCAGGUCGAAAACCGAAACUCAAGGUGACAAAAGUACUUUGGGAACUGACGCAGAGCAACAAAACUCCCUAGACACGUCUUUAAGCAAAAAUAGUGACUCUUUGAGCUCUGAACGGGUCGAGCACCCACUUCAAAGUACUUUCGAUGAUGAGACGUCCUCGGAAGUUCAGGAUGAGGAUAAGGGUCGCGGUUUAAAAUUGGCCAACUGGGCGCCAAGGCCCAUCAAGAAUGUGGGAAAUAUGUGGGGCGCUCAUCCGGUGCACUACAAGUACAGUGAAAAAGACAUGUUUUCGGAUGAUGACCAGUAUCUAGCAAGCAGCCAAGAACAAGCGAUUGCUAGCAAGAGAUUCAGAUCACACUUUUCUCUGCGCAACGAUGAAAUGUUGAGAGCAGCAUACUACACCCAUUUGAACAAAAACAUUCCCAUCUACGGCAAGUUUUAUCUGGGCUCUUCAGUCAUUUGUUUCAGAUCUUUGAUCCCGGGCACCAGGACGAAAAUGAUUCUACCCAUAAAGGACAUCGAAAAUUGCUUCAAGGAGCGCGGAUUCCGGUUUGGAUACUUUGGGCUCGUUCUGGUAAUACAUGGUCAUGAAGAACUAUUCUUCGAGUUUAGUUUGCAAAGUUCAAGAGAUGACGCCGAGUUCGUAAUCCUGAAGCAGAUUGAUGGACUAAAAUCCGAAGCAGAGAAAUCAGCGGGAGAGGUGGACGGAAUUUCGCAAAGAUUGAAGGAGGCGGAUAUCUCAACGGAAAAAAAAAUCACAGAGGCUGCGAAGUUGAGGAUGUUCGAAGACAAGAUUAAUGCUGAAGGUUACGACCUUCCAAUGAUGAUAGAAGAAAGUCCUUACUACAAAACAAGUAUUACACCCAAAAAAUCCUACAAAUUCGGCCUUUUAACCAUUGGAUCCCGUGGUGAUGUUCAGCCUUACAUUGCCUUGGGCAAAGGUUUACUGAAAGAAGGACAUCGAGUUACUAUAAUAACCCAUGCAGAGUUUGGAGAUUGGAUCAAAUCAUAUGGGUUGGACUUCAAAGAAAUAGCUGGCAACCCCGCCGAGCUGAUGUCUUUGAUGGUACAGCAUGGGUCCAUGAAUGUGGGGAUGUUACGAGAAGCAUCAUCGCGAUUUAGAGGUUGGAUAACAAAGCUAUUAGAAACUUCGUGGUCAGCAUGUCAAAACCUAGAUAUUCUCAUCGAGUCUCCUUCCGCCAUGGCAGGAAUUCACAUAGCAGAGGCCCUCAUGAUUCCAUAUUUUAGAGCAUUUACCAUGCCGUGGACGCGAACUAGAGCAUACCCACACGCUUUUAUAGUGCCAGAUCAGAAGAGGGGCGGCAAUUACAAUUUCUUCACUCACGUCCUCUUCGAAAAUAUCUUUUGGAAAGGCAUAGGAGGGCAAGUUAACAAAUGGAGGAUAGAGACGCUGGGAUUGGGAAAGACUAAUUUAGAUUUGAUGCAACAGAAUAAGGUACCCUUUUUGUACAACAUUUCUCCAGCUAUUUUUGCCCCAUCCGUGGAUUUCAGUGAAUGGGUGAAAGUUACUGGAUAUUGGUUCUUGGAUGCGAAAGAUGAUUUCGAGCCACCCGCUGCUUUGAUCGAGUUCAUUGCACGAGCCAAGACCACAGGAAAGAAAUUAGUUUACAUUGGAUUUGGGUCCAUAGUAAUAAGCGAUCCCAAAAAGAUGACAAGAGCAGUUGUGGAUGCUGUUCUUGAAGCGGAUGUGUUUUGUGUCUUGAAUAAAGGCUGGUCAGAUAGACUGGAGGGAGAAAGCGAAGGGAAGGCGGAAGAAGAAUUUCCCAGCUGUAUCUAUAGCUCAGGAUCUGUGCCCCACGACUGGCUUUUCCCACAAGUUGAUGCGGCAGUUCAUCAUGGUGGGUCGGGAACUACAGGUGCUACAUUGCGAGCAGGUCUUCCCACUGUAAUUAAACCAUUUUUUGGAGAUCAGUUUUUUUACGCAGGGCGCGUUGAAGACAUUGGUGCUGGCAUCAGUCUCAAAAAACUGAAUAGCAAGACUCUCUCAAGAGCAUUGAAAGAAGUCACAACGAAUUCUCGAAUUGUGAAAAAAGCGCAGCAAAUCAAAAGGGAAAUCUCGAAAGAAAAUGGAGUUCAUGUGGCGAUAAGCUGUAUUUAUUCCGAACUGGAAUAUGCGAGAAGUUUGGUAAUGGCCAAAAACAAAGAUAGAAAGAGCAAAAACAUAGCGUCACCCGAGGAGAAUACCUGGUUUCUAGUUUGA